UCUGCCCAGAGCUUCUCUUUCAAGCUUCUGCUCCUGGCAGCCGGACAGAGAUCUUCUGAGUUCCUGGCGGACCUGCAGAUCAGUUUAGUAGGCCCAUGACUUUAUCAGACAACCUACAAAUUAGGACCAUUCUAGUUCAGCUGAGACAUGAACUGGGACAAUCAGCUUAGCUCGAUCCUGUCUGUAGCAGAUGGCAGUGUUGCAAAGAUGAGGGAGAGGCUGACCCCAACGGUGAAAUUCUUCGAAACUGGAGAAGAUCUGUUUCCAGUGCGUGAGAGGGCUUGUGAUUCAGAUUCAGAUCCUCCUGCUCUUCCUCCUCGAGCCCCCCUUCUCCGACAGACUUCCCCAGCUCUCAGUCCUGGUGUCCAGUGGGCGGACAUAGCUUCUGUCCAGUCACAGCUCCAGAUGCAGAGUCAGGCGAUUGAUUCCCUCACCCAGAAGCUCCAUGACUUGGAAAGAGAGAAGCACUCUCAGCAAUGUCACAUCCAGAUGCUUCAAGAGGAGGUUCAUAGGCUGCGUGAGGAGUUGAGAGAGAGGGAUAGACAAAGGGAGGAAUCGAGGAGAGGACAGAGCCCAGGAGCAGACAGAAGGAUGGAGCAGUGGAAAAGGGAAGUUGGACGUGAGCUGAACAGUCUGCGGGGACACAUCACCCGAGCCACGUCGCUAGGCAACCUGGAGGAGAGUUUCAGCUCAAAGCUCCGCCGAGAGGAGCUGGAACACCUGCGGAGAGAGUUGGACCAACUGAAAAUACGCCUGAGGAGGCAGGAGGAGGACAUGUUCCUCCAGCAGGCACAGGCCAGGGAGACCAGGAGACUAUACGAACGCAGCUGCAAGACUGUAGAGGAGCUGACAGACAGCUACAGAAUUCACAACACUGAACUGACAAAGACGGUCUUACAGUAUUCUCACACACAGCAAGAAGUCCGCCAGAUCAGAUCAACUGUGUCAGAACUGAAGGAUGAGGUCAGGAGUCUUGUUCUCCGAGGAUGUGAACCAACACCACCUCUGCCUUCAGCACACACAUCAAGGGCCUCACCACUCCCAUUCUCCCACAGUCAUAACAGAGAGGUUAAAGUUGAAGACUCUGACUCAGAAGACCUUAGCCCGACCCCGAGCCUGGCCGAGGUCAGCUCAGAUGAUCUCUCGUGGCUGGAUGACCCUGCUCUUCAUCAGAAGCCCCGAGCACGUCUGAGUAUUCAGUCCAGACGGAGUGACUUUGCUGGUCCUGGAUCUGAUGUGGAGGGUGAUGACAAUGAUGAGAAUGAUGGUGAUGAUGAUCUUGAAGAUGAUGUGAACCCAGAUUUAGGAUCUGACUUAAGUCUUGAUGAGCUUUGACCUUUGUGUAUGGUGAGUUUCUUGGUAAAGGUGAAGACUGAGGAAGCGUUCACCAAGAAAAAGACAGCAGACUGCAUUGUUGCUUUGUCAUUGUGGAGCUCGAUGAGAAAUUAAAUGAAGAGCAUAAAAUAUAAAACUUUGUAAAUCAAAAAAAUAAGUAUUGACUGUGCAUACAGGAAAGCAACAAGUAAUUAAAUGAUUCUACCUAUUGCUGUUUGGAUACGAUUAUUUUUAUGGGAAACUUUUGGUUAUUUAGGAAAAUAUUUGAAUGCAGUUUUGAAACCGUUAUUUGUGAAAGAACCAGAAGUGUUGGACUCAGGACAGAUCCCACAGUGUGAAGCUAUUUUAAAUGUAUUUUAACUGACUUGAAACUGGUCCUGUUUGAAACACCCACUCUCAUUCAUGUGUGUUUGUUUAACGCAUCAAAGCAUUUUUUUUUUCCCUCUCAGUCUAUUUAGUGUAAUCAGGUACAGUUUAGGACUGAAAAUCUUCUGUCUCCACAUGCACAGACUGAUUGGAUGCUGGGAACAAGUUGAGGUGAUAGGCAGCUGUUUAAAUAGUUCUUUGUAAGACCUUCAAUAUAAACCCCUUUUUCUUUCACUAUUGUGGAGCUUUGUGCAAGUAUAGAAGCACAUUUGUAAGGUGCAUUAUUCCUCAGUGUAAGGCACUAAGAGAAUAAAAAGUUUUAAUUGUUGCCACACCCUCUGCCCGCACGAUGCGCACUACUGGAAGAAAAUUAUGGGUCCUACUAGAGUUAAGGAUAGAACUGCUGUGACUGGUCCGUGAAACCACAAGGUUUGUUUUUAGGCAUGACAAAAUUAAAAAUAGUUAUGUUUAGGUUUGUUAUGAUUACAGAUUUUUGGGGUUAGGUGAAACUUUGAUGUUUGUUAAGGUUUGGGCAGGACUUUCAUCUUUGCCCACAGCAGCAGUGGGAUCCACGAUCACACAUAACUGAUCACUUGGCUUUGAAGAGCACACUGCUGGUUUUCAAGCCUGAUAUGCUCAAAAUGCAUUGAGUUGGUAAUUUUUAAAAUUAGCAUUUGGAUCACUUCAUGGGCAGUAAUAUAUCACUUCUAAAGAACCACACUCACUCUUGGGUUCUGGUGAUCAUGUCAUGACUCUGCAUCAAAAGUUACUUUACAGUCUUAAGUGUGCAACUGUAAUAGAUAUUUAAUGGGUUUUUCAUCCCGUCAUAAAUGCACUCUUCAGUCCAGAAGGAAUCUGAUGAGGGAUGGGAUAUUGGUUCCUGGUAAUGCAGCAUAAGUGGAGGUAAAUAGAAAUCAAAAGCCAUUACCAUUAUCAAGGCGCCAGCGCCUGUCCAUCUCCUCUAAGAUCUCCAAAUACUCACAACUCAGCAAAAGAGUUGAAGGUGUCUUUAUGUGACAGUGUCUGACAUGAAUCACACUGUGCCAGGUUAGGUGUCAAGCUGUUAGAUAUUUCAACUUCCAGACACCCCCCAUCGAGGAUCCCAGACCACUGUGCAGCACUGCAGGCAGGUUAUGUGUUCAGUGGGUUGUAUGCAUUCAGGCUUCAAUACUAUUGACCACAUACACACCAUCCAUCUGAGUAACAAGAUUGCCCCACUGGCCUGUAGUGAGCAAUACAAUACCUUCUAGAAAACCGAGCAGAACAUAUUGUAUAGCUGUUAAUUUUGUUGUGUAAGACAUUUAAUAAAGACUCAUCUAUUUGUUAUUGUGGCCACAUAACGGCUGAUGAAUCAGACCCUUUUACUGCCAUUUUAUGAGAUUUGCCAAGUAUUGUGCAGUUAAGCAGAGCAGUGAUUCAUUUAUUGAAGAUCUGUAAAAUAAAUGUUUUGUGUUUUGUCUCCAAAAAAUAAAAGUCUGUUCAAAAAACAAA